CCGGCGCAUCCCCACCCCUUGCUGCACUUCCAAUACUUAAUUACAUUUCUUCCAGAAUUACUAGGCAACCCACCUCCAGAUGUGUAGUUUAAAGGUGACGGGCGUGCGCUGGGAUCUGCACAUUCCUCGCCGCACACCAUGUGAUAGUGGGGCUGCUAAGGUGGAGUUCAGCUUCCACGGGGCCGCCUCCUGCUCCCUUCGCCACUCUUCGGGAUCUGUGGCGGGCAAAAGGCAGCGGGUCCGUCCUCUUCGCCGCCCCGCUUCCCGCCAGCCACCGGCCCUCCUGCUUCAAGCCCCCUCUUUGUGAUCAUUUCAGGAUCUGGAGCCAAGGAAGAGCCAGAUUGUGGAAGAUUAUCAAUGGCAUGGAAAUGUCUGUGGCAGCUUUUUCUGGGCGCCUGUUGCUUGUGUAAUGAGAAAAAAGACUGACCUCUUGAAAGUGCGCCUGAGAAACCUAUUGCGGCUUCAGACUGUUGCUCAGCGUGGUCCCAGAUUAGGAAGAUCACAACAUGAAUGCUUCACUUCUCUCCUCGGCAGGAAACUAUUCUGCUCAGAACGUCUCGAAGGAGACUUCCGGACUCGUACACUUUCAGGAUGUCGACUGCCACGUGCCUUUGGCAAUGGUCUUCACCUUGGCCCUGGCUUACGGGGUUGUCAUCCUCCUUGGCAUUUCUGGAAACCUGGCCUUGAUUGUCAUCAUCUUAAAACAAAAGGAGAUGCGCAACGUGACCAACAUCCUCAUUGUCAACCUUUCCUUUUCGGACCUCCUUAUUACCAUCAUGUGUCUCCCCUUCACGUUCGUCUACACCUUAAUGGACCACUGGGUUUUUGGGGAAGCCAUGUGCAAGCUGAAUCCUUUCGUGCAGUGUGUCUCCGUCACGGUCUCAGUUUUCUCUUUGGUCCUCAUCGCUAUCGAACGCCAUCAACUGAUUAUCAACCCUCAGGGCUGGAGGCCGAAUAACAGGCAUGCCUAUGUAGGGAUUGCUGUGAUCUGGAUUCUAGCCGUGGCUUCGUCUUUGCCUUUCCUCAUAUAUCAUGUGCUGACUGAUGAGCCGUUCAUAAAUCUAACGCUAGAGGAAUACCAGGGGAAGUACGUGUGUUUGGAUUUGUUUCCAAUGGAGUCGGCCAGGCUUUCAUAUACCACAGUUCUCUUGGUGAUCCAGUACCUGGGCCCCCUUUGUUUUAUAUUUAUUUGCUACUUGAAGAUAUACAUGCGCUUAAAAAGAAGGAGCAAUAUGCUGGACAAGAUGAGAGACAAUAAAUACCGAUCCACUGAAACGAAAAGGAUCAACAUCAUGCUCAUUUCUAUUGUGGUUGCCUUUGCGGUGUGCUGGCUGCCUCUCACCGUCUUUAAUACGGUCUUCGACUGGAACCAUGAGAUUCUCCCAGCUGCUUGCAGCCACAAUUUGCUAUUCUUGAUCUGCCACCUCACUGCUAUGAUUUCAACCUGUGUGAACCCUAUCUUUUAUGGGUUCCUCAACAAGAACUUCCAGAGGGAUUUGCAAGUGUUCUUCCGCUUCUGCGAUUUCCACUCCAGGGACGAUGACUAUGAGACGAUAGCCAUGUCUACUAUGCACACGGACAUUUCAAAGACGUCGUUGAAGCAAGCCAGCCCAAUCACAUUAAAAAAAAAUUGUGACAGUGAUGAUGAAAAAAUAUAGCCCCCCAAAUACCAGUCACGGGUGAGAUAGUUUCAUGGACAAGCACAAUUUUUAAAAAGGAUGUUCAUCUCUCCUCCCACCCAAAGAAACUCUAAAAUUUCACUUUCAUAUCUCUACUAUUCAACUGCUGCUGCUGUUUGGUUUGUUCGUUUUUGGGGCUGCUUGUAAAAAGCAGCACACUUCUACCUAAUUUAUAAUAUAGUGGAUGUUGGACCAAUUUCUGCUUGAGGCUUCCGUCAAGCGUUUUUCCUCCCAUUUGUUUCUUUGUGCAUUGACACAUUUCUGCACAAAGUUUUAUUUACCGUAUUUAUUUAAAAGAAUAUUCUUUUAUUGGAAAUACAUAAAACUACCCAGAAAAAAAAAGGCACAAGGCAUUCGCACAGCCUUUGACAUAAAGACUUUUCUUGUACAGAAUUAGGUCAUUCUGCUUUGAACAGCUGUUUUAUAGUGUUCUUAGAAAAGUCCUAUAUGCCAGAAGCAAGAUUGUCUUGAAAGCAUUACCCCUGCAGAUUAAACGAAAACAAAUUGCUGUGUGCAUCUGAGUUAUUUAAAAGUACAAAUAAUUCCAAAUGUAAAACCAACAAGGUUAAGGAAAAAGAAAUAACCAAUUGUGGACAUAGUCCAGCCUAAGAUUUGCACUUUACGGCUGCAAGUUUAAGCACACUUACACGGGAGUAAAUCUCAUUGAACUGCGGGCUCAUCUACACCAAGCAGGAUAUUCCACUAUGAAAGUGGAAUAUAAAGGGCAGGGGCCACACUACUGCUUUAUAGCAAUAUUGAAGUGCACUGCAGGAUUUACACUACUGCUUUAUAGAGGUACUGAAGUGAACUGACAACUGUUGGGGCCCAUGACACAACUUUACCAAGCAGGAUAAAACACUAUGAAAGUGGUAUGAAAGCAGUAUAUGGUAUGUGUCAAUGGGCCCCAACAGUUGUCAGUGCACUUCAAUACUGCUAUAAAGCAGUAGUGUGGCUCCUGCCUUUUAUAUACUGCUUUCAUCUUGGAAUAUCCUGCUUGGUGUAGAUGAGCCCUGGGUGGCAUUUACUUCCAGAUAAGCAUGGCUAGGAUUUCAUGGCAUGUGCAUAUAUUAACCAUGAUAGUUAACCAUAUAUUUAAUGCUCUCUUAUUUAACUCAGUGGCACUUAAACUUGUAUAACUUUGGCUAGAUCAUGCAUUCUGUAACUAGUUAUAGUUCAACACUUCUGUUGACACAAAUAUCCUCAGAUGCAUUUGACUGAGCUUGGGGUAGAAACCACCUGUACGCUUUGGACUAAGGGCAGCAACAAGGAGCGUUUAAUUGGAGAAAUAGUGCAGAAGGAAAGGGUCAACACAGCUCCCCUUGUGCCACCACCCUGCUAGUGCUGUCAAGGUGCAAUCCUAUGCAUGUUUAGACAGAAAGAAGUCCUACAACUCCCAGCAUUCCCCAACCAGCAGUGCUAGUUGGGGGAAGAUGGGAGUGGUAGGAUUUUUUCUGUCUAAACCUGCAUAGGUUUGCAUCCUUAAACUUAACACACACACACCCAGUAAAGAUCAAAUCUCAAGUCUCCCAAAGUCAUGUCUAGUUGGGUCCUAAGUAUAGCUCAACUUACACAAGGGAGCAUGGCAUACAAAGCUGAAUGUACACAGGUGCCAAGCCACAAUGGAUUUUCAGGCCUUGUCAAAGCAUUAAUUUGAGGUGCCACGUUUGAUUCACUCAGUAUGCAGGCUGACUCUUCUCCUAAUGCACAGUUUUAUCCCAUUUAACGAAGGAAGGAAUAUCAGGAUAUUAAAUACAACAUAUUCCUAUCUAUUAGCAUAAACUAGUAACAUAACAUCAGUCAUGGUCUGUGUUCAAAUUUCCUAUUGUCAAGGUAGCUAUGGGUAACAUAUAGUUCCUAAUCCAUCCGUUAUGACUUUUGAUUGAGAAGUAAUUUGAUUAUCCAAGGCUCUUCAUUGUCCAGCAGCAAUGGGGCAGGGACUGUUAUGGUGCAACACAGACAUUGUAUGAGAUGGCUGUCCAAUCAAUAAAACUGAAGACUGAGGUUCAGGGCUUUAGCUGCAAGGGCUCUAGCAACCCACCAGACUGCACAACUGCAGCCUGCAUUCAUCUGCUGCAAUAGAAAAACCACCCCAAGAAUUUAUGGGCCCAGUUCAGACAACACACUAAACCAUAAAUAAACCUUUUAUCAAGGAAAAAGUGUCUUUUUUUAAAAAAAAAAAAUGCUCAUCAGGAUAUGCCUGGUUCAGACAACACGCUAAACCAUGCUGCUUAACCACAAAAUGGUUAAUGGAAUGCAUUAUGUGGUUAACCAUUUUGUGGUUUAGCGGCAUGGUUUAGUGUGUUGUCUGAACCAGGCAUAUCCUGAUUAAUGAGAAUUUAAAAAAAAUAACACUUUUUCCUUGAUAAAGGAUUUCCUUGAAAUGUGCUGGAAACCGUAUCCACCUGUGCAUCUGACUUU